AUGGGCAGUCGUCCGCUCGAGGGACCUGCCGAUCCCGCACUGUGCUCGGCCGCAGUGGCGUGCCGGUUGCUUGACUCCAUGUUGGCCGUCAACCGGAGCUUGGUCAAAGCUCGGCGCUUUGGCGCCAAGCGACGAGGACGCAGCUCGCUUAAUCGAACCGCCAAGCGCCUUUACGGUGAGCGUCACCGCGCAAAUCCUGCGCCAGCUUCGCCGACUGGACUUCUUGCAGCAGGCGAACACGCCGAGGCCCGAGAUGGCGGCUUUGCAGUCGCUUGAUGCGCUGACCUACUUGACGCAGCCGGGCUGAGGUGGCUUCAAAUUCCUCCUCGAGGUCCGAGGAGCUCAAUCCGUUGAGGCCCCAUCAAGGGAUCCUCUCCUUGCUCUGGCGCCGCUCCGGCACUACGGUAAUCAAGCUUAAAGUUUGGCUGCCUACGUUGACGUGGGUCAACAGUGUCGGCGCGAACGUCCGGUCUGUCUGAAGCACGAGCUGAGUUAGAUUUGCAGCGCGUGUUGACUUAAUCACUCUUGAUUAGCGCAAGGGGCACAAUGCUUGACGCGCAUCUCGGUGGCGUCGGACACGCCGCGGCGUCGCCAUGAACGGCAUGUCCAGUGUGCAGCUUUCAGGGAGCCAGCUGUGCUUACGGCAUGGAACUCCGCACAGCGCAGUGCUGUUGCCGUGAUCGGAUCUCGUUCGCCGCUCGACACGCGCCUUGCAGUGACUGCAACAUGUCCGUCUACUUACGUUUACUAACUUCAAUACGAUUUUCCUAGAGUGCACGUCUUCUUCGACGCAGCGAGACCUCGAACUCGUCGUCCGAGCCCGAGGACACCUCGGACGAAGCCGUCGCCUCCUCCUUCUCGCGCAGCUUUUCACUGCUAAUAAUUAUGCCGUUGCUGAUCUGCCGCGUCUCCUGGCCUUCCAAACGCUCCACCGGUGCCUCCUGCUCGCUGCUGCUGGGCCAGUUCUCAAUGGCCGGCUCUAGAAUGAGCUUCUGUGCCACAAACAGACUCGCGUCCCGGUUGUUCCAAUAAAUGACGUGCGCCGUGAGGGCGAAUAAAUACUCGUUCGCAAUCUCGAUCUCGUUCUCCUGGAGCGAGUAAUCGAUGGGGAGACCUUGACACAGCCGACCGAACACCGCGACGUUCUCUGUAGUCUCAUCGCCUUCUCGU